UGGUGCACUGAUGUUCGCCAAAAGAAUCAGUACAGUUGUGGUAUUAGCCGGACAGCUACAUUCUGCACACGUAUCACAUCCUUGUGCAGUACAUUCGUGUAACUAUUCAAGCCGAGGUCAUGGAGAUAACGACAAGGGAACUUUUGUGGAAAGUAUCAGAACUACCCCAGCUUAAAUAUGGUGUUGUUGGUGUAUCUGGAAAGUACACAAGAAUCGCAAAAAUUGGAGUAUUAAUGAUAACUGCUGGAACGAUUGGUAGUUUAAUCAGCCCUAUUGGAAUAGCAAUUGGAGCCAUAAUUGGGGGAGGUUCGGCAGUUUACUUUACGAUGGAAAACUUAGAAUCAAUCCCUGAUGUAAUUAUGAUGAAAUUCGCAGAAAAUCAAAAGUGUGAGCUUGCUGCACAAAUCCGUGAAUGCCUCCGAUUGAUUAGAAUGCAAAGUACCGACGAUUUUGAUCUUUUGGUCGCUCAAAACCCAGGUCUUUCCGAACUUGUAGCUAAGACUGUAACUGAUUUCAUAGAAUCCCAAAAUAUGAAAGUUAUGAAUCUCACUAUAACAGAAGUCUGAUAACUAUACCCAUGAGACAAUACAUGUAACUCAAAAAUCA